CCUCUUCUCCCUGGGAUCCCAGCCACUGCUCAACCAAACAAUUGUCUCCCUAUCACUAACAACAGUGACACACACACUGACACAUAGACACAGGCCCAGGAGACAGAGGAGGGGAGGCAGGGUGACUGGUGACCUCCAGGACAGGUGCAAAAAAUGGCCUCGACAUUCCCCCCAAAGCUCAGCCCCCAGCUGAUGACACCAGAUCCCCAUUAUAUCCCAGGGUAUAGUGGCUUCUGCCCUCAGUACAAGUACAGCCAGGGGAAAACCUAUGGAAAACUCACGUCUCAGUUACUGACUAAUCCUGAUAUCAGGCACGCGGGACAGUUAGUUCUCCAAUCAUGUGCCUUUCCACCUUCCCGGACGGACAAUAAUUGGGAUCAUCCUGAGAAGUUAAUCAGGAGAAGACGCAUGGGAGAUAAGAAACUCAGCCGUAGCUUGAUCCCAGGAUAUACAGGAUUCGUUCCCAAGUCUCAGAACUUCUUUGCAAAGACUUACACAGAAACCAGUAAGGAUGCCGUGGCUGACUUCCAGAGAGACCAGCUCAAGAGCGAAAAUCAGCGACAGGAGCAGACUGUGCUGUAUAAUCUUCAGACCGGUCAAGAGCAGCCUCAUACUGAUUAUGAGAAGAAGCUCCUCAAAUCCAAGUACAGGACUCCACUCCCAGUUUUGUGUAAAGAACCGGCCCAAUUCCAUUCUUCCGCUGCAUUCGAGUCACAGAUAUCUCCCUACUACAUGGAAGACGAAAACCCCCACAAGUAUUUCAUUUCAGGUUACAUGGGAUAUGUCCCUCGUUCGCGUUUCCUCAUUGGCACCGGAUAUCCAAUCUCCACCAACAAAGCCAUUGUGGAGUUUGGGCACAUGAUUUCAAAGGAGAACAUGAGACUGAGUGAACUCCAAGAACCCAAAGAAAAGAACAAAGUUCGCUCUGACCAGAGCCACAUCUACCUAGAGGAACUGGGCUUGCUGCCCCGAUAUACUGGACACGUACCAGGUUACAAGUUCCAGUAUGGACACACCUAUGGGGACCUUACCCACAAUGCUCUGGGGCAGAGUACUAUGCAGAAACAAAUCGCAGACUAAAAUCAGAAAACAACCUCCAGGCAGUCCAUUGUUGAAAAAGUCAUAUUAACAUCCGACACUUCCUGAAGGCUAACUGGGCAUUAAUACUGUUGUUUUUUUUUGUUUUUUUAGCACUUUUUUUUUCCAGUGACUUACUCACUGAUUGACUUCUUUCAAGUUAAUUAAUUGGGGUUCCAAAUCACAGUUCUUUGCAUUCGUUUUCUUUUAUCCUUAUCUGCGUGCAAAAAAAAAAAAAAAAAAAAACCUCUUUAAACAAAACACAAUUCUCUGCUCCUCUGUGUCUGGAAUACAAAGAGUUAAGAUUGGGGCUGGCUGUAAGGCUGACACCUUGAGUUAUGUGUUCAAUCUGUUUUAGAAUGUGGUUCUUGUGCCUUUACACAAUCAGAAUAGAGCUUGAAUUCAAAUCAUGGUCAGAAAAUCCACAGAUUCUAAUAAACUAAAAGCAGACAACAGUUUUCCUACAACAAUAACAGAAAUAGACAAACGUUUAUGUCUUUAACGGACAACAAUU